CAAUGAGAGUGAUGAGUGCAGAGAGCAGCUGGAGCUCCAAUAUAAGACCAGAGGAGACACGUUCAGCUCACAGGACGCUGAGGACAUGUCAAACAUGGUGGACGGACUGUCUCUACGGGUGUCUUGGAUCUGCGUGCUGCUGUUCAGCAGCGCUGCAAGUUUUCCUGCAACAAAAGGAGACUACAGGUAUCCCUACACCUGGCGCUCCGGCGGUGGAUCUGCUCCUGGAUCAGACCUGCAGUCUGAAGGCUCAGGUCUUCUGGUGAAGCUGCAGUAUGAACCUGAAGCGGCCCCCAAGAAGUCCAGCUCUCCCACUGGAAACCAGACCCCGUCCAGUGCGGCCGCAGACUCGUCACCAAACCGGUUUACUGUGACUUUUGAUUCCAGCGGUCCUGGAUCUGCCUCCCAGUCUGCAGGGUACGUCAGUCCUCCUCUCCCCCCUCCACCUCCGGGCCCUGGGAAGAAGGCCCCCGGCUCCUCUGCGGGGCCCCAGUCUGCUGCUUGGAACACGUUUCCAGCCCUGGACUUUGGUGAUGGACCAGUUCCCUACAUCGGAGGACCUCCUCCUUCAGCCGGCAGUCUCUCUGCAGCAGACGAUGGUCGUGAUGAUGGACCUGUUUUCUAUGGUGGUGCUGGAGCUGCCUCCCAGUCUGCAGGGUACGUCAGUCCUCCUCGCCCCCCUCCACCGCCGGGCCCUGGGAAGAAGGCCCCCGGCUCCUCUGCGGGGCCCCAGUCUGCUGCUUGGGCCUCGGCCUCUGACGGCUCGUCUCCGUACGCUGCUGCUCCUUCAGCCGCCGACUCUGCUGAUGAAGACUCUGUUCCUGGUCUUCCCUGGGCCUCGUUCCCUGAGCCGAGCAGCUGGAUGCCGUCUCGUGAUUUCCCGGACUUCAGCGUCUGGGACUCCAAUGCCGAGAUGCAGCGGAGCGACGCUGCGAGCAACACGUCCCCCGAGCUGCCGUCGUCCUACAUCGUCCAGAGCAGAAAUGGCUACCAGCGAAUGCACGAGUUCCUCAGCCACACGAAGUACGACCCAGAGUAUGCCGCUCCUCCUCCUCCUCAGGUCUUUGACUCCGAGCCUGUCGAGGCUCCAUACUGGUCUCCACCAGAGACCGGGUCCAAAGGAGGACGCAAGGCCUAACAUGGUUAAUUUGACAUCAGGCUCCAGCUUCCUGUUUCUGUUUGAAAAGUUUAUUAAAGAACGUUCAGAAAAACAAUUGCAUAUUAAAAAAAAAACAAUUUUAA